UUAAAACUUGGCAACAAAAGACCGUAGAAAACAAACUCAGGAAAAAGAUAGAAACGAUGGAAGAUUGCAGGCCAUUGGGUUUCCUGAUCGGCCUCCCGUUUGCGAUUCUCGCAUUGGCGCUGUCUGUAGUUGGCGCAGUCGUGUGGAUUCUUGGGACGAUUCUGAGCUGUUUGUGCCCGUGCUGUGUUUGCUUUGCUGGGCUGGCGAAUUUGGCUGUGGAUCUCAUCAAGUUGCCGGUGAAAGUGAUCCACUGCUUUGUUGAUAAGAUCCCGUGUUAGCUAUUUUUAGUUUUAGAUUCUUGAUGGUGGAAUUGGAUGGAUUCAACAUUGAUUUUUAUUUUUUAAUUUUUUAAUUUUUUCCAGAGAGGUAAUUUGAAGUUGGUUCGUAUGCUCGGUUUGUUUCUAUCAUGUAGAUUGAUUUGUCGGGGAGUACAGUUUUUAUUUUUAUAUUUCUGAGAUAGAAUGGAAAUAUCAAAAGAUA